GAGGGAAAGGGUUGAGAAAGUGACGAGGGAUUCAUGUAGGGGUUUUAUAGUUUUUUAUUUUAAUUAAAGAAGGCUUGAGAAUUGUGGGACCGAUAGAGAAGGGUGGCUCACACACCCAGAGACCGACAGAAGGCACAAGGGACGGGGGAAUAAGAUGCUCUGCCACGUUACUCGUCCGGAUUCGGUGGUGAUGGAAGUGGAAGUUGAUGCGAAGGCGAACGGAGAAGACUGUUUGAAUAAGGUUUGCAGAAUGUUGGGCAUAAUUGAAGUGGACUACUUUGGGCUGCAGUUCACGGGCAGCAAAGGCGAGAACCUGUGGCUGAAUCUGAGGAACCGCAUAUGCCAGCAGAUGGACAACGUGACGCCGUGUCGACUGAGGCUGCGGGUCAAGUUCUUCGUGGAGCCCCAUCUCAUUCUGCAGGAACAGACCAGACACGUUUUCUUCAUGCACGUGAAGGAGGACCUGCACAACGGUCACCUGCGGAUGGGCUCGGAACAAGCGGAGGAGCUGAGCGCGCUCCUGGCACAGGCGGAGUUCGGCGACUACAACCAGAACACGGCACAGUACUGCUACACAAAGCUGUGUGGAGAGGAGCCCAGCACUGCCACCAUCAACAGUGUCAUAUCCAGACACAAAGCUCUGGAAGGUUCGAGUCCGGGCUCGGUGGAGUACCAGGCUCUGCAGCUGGUCUCCUCUCUGGAGCAUUACGGCGUGGAGUGGCACUGGGCUCGGGACGCACACGGCCAGCGGAUGGCCAUCGGAGUCGGCCCCGAGGGAAUCGCCGUUUGCAAGGAGGACUUCAGUUUAGUCAACAGAGUCAGCUAUCCCAUCAUUCAGAUCGCCACCCAGUCGGGGAAGAGUGUGUAUCUGACGGUCACCAAGGACACAAACGACAGCGUGGUGCUUCUGUUCAAGCUCAUCAGUAACCGAGCAGCCAGCGGUCUGUACCGGGCCAUCACCGAGACGCACGCCUUCUACAGGUGUGACACGGUAACGAACGCAGUCAUGAUGCAGUACAGCAGAGACUUCAAAGGCCACCUGGCCUCACUCUUCCUCAACGAGAACAUCAACCUGGGCAAGAAAUACGUGUUCGACAUCCGCCGCACCUCCAAGGAAGUGUACGACCACGCCCGCCGCACGCUCUACAACUCGGGGGUCUCGGACCUGGUGUCCCGCUCCGGCAGCGGCGAGCGCUCGUCCCCCCCGAGCUCCCCGAGCAGGGAGGACCAGCAGGACGAGGGGCUGGACUGUGGCAGCUGCCAGCAGAGCCGGGCGCUGCAGGAGCGGCUGCAGAAGCUGCGCGAGGCGCUGCUGUGCAUGCUGUGCUGCGAGGAGGAGAUCGACGCCGCGUUCUGCCCCUGUGGUCACAUGGUCUGCUGCCAGACGUGUGCCAAUCAGCUUCAGCUGUGUCCCGUGUGUCGGUGUGACGUGGAGCACGUGCAGCACGUCUACCUGCCCACCUGCACCAGCCUGCUCAGCCUGACGCUCACCGACAACCACCAGCACCACAGCAGCAUCCCCACCCCCAUCCGCAGGGAGCCGCCGUCCCCCCACACCUGCACCCCCACAGAGUACGAACAUAAGAUCUACCACACAUGAAGACGACUCCGCCCAGGAACACACCAAACUGCAUCCUGACCAAUCAGGAGCUGACACCAGACAGAUUCUGGUUUCACAAGGAAGAACCGUUUUCUGAUCCUUCAGCGUUUCCUGCCGGCAACUGUCACACAUAGAGACUCUGAGCAUCAUCAAAGAUCAACCACUCCUUCAGCUUGUGUGUGUGUGACUGAGUGCUUUAUUAUUAUUUUUCCAUUGGCACUCUGAAUGACACUUUGUUUAGUUGUUUCUUAAUAUCUUUGCCGUUUGUUGUGUAUCAUUCUGUCCAAAUCCUUUGUUUAUUUCAAACAUCAUCCCUCGGCACAGUAUGAUUUUUAGAUUCGACUCGUAUUGUCCUCGUUUAUUGAAUUGUUGCAUCAGUUGAUCUGAUCCAGAAAGAAA